GCUGAUUAAGAUGCUUGCUUGAGAGUUAUUAAAAAAGAGUGGGGGAGAGAAGGGGCAUGGAGGCAAUGCAUAAAUAUAACAGCACUGGCAGGGAACGUUUUGCAAUGCAAGGCAGACAUCAGAAUGAAGCCCAUGUGACGAGACUACACCACGCCUGCGCUAGGAGUUACAAGAUGGCGGAGAGUGCGGAACUGAAGCAAAUGGUGAUGAGCCUUCGUGUGUCGGAGCUUCAGGUCCUGCUGGGCUACGCGGGCCGCAACAAGCACGGCCGCAAGCACGAGCUGCUAACCAAGGCCCUGCACCUGCUCAAGGCCGGCUGCAGCCCCGCCGUGCAGCUCAAAAUCAAGGAGCUGUACCGCCGCCGCUUCCCCACUAAGCUAGUGUCUCCCUCCGAGCUGGCGCUGCCCGGCUCACACGCCCACGCGCCCACCCCGGGCUCGCUACCCGCCGGCCUGGCGCAGCUGGCCUUCGACGGGCACCACGGCGCAGCACCCUCGCCCCUAUUGCCGCUAUCGCUGCUGGGCGCGGCCACCAAGCACGAGCUGGGCGUGGGCUCGCUACCACACCUGCCCGCCGCCCUGCACCCCGUGCACCCCGACGUCAAGCUGCAGAGGCUGCCCUUCUACGACCUGCUCGACGAGCUCAUCAAACCCACAAGCCUCGCCUCUGAUAACAGUCAGCGUUUUCAGGAGACGUGUUUCGCUUUCGCAUUGACACCUCAGCAGGUCCAACAGAUCAGCAGCUCAAUGGACAUAUCGGGGACCAAAUGUGACUUCACAGUUCAAGUUCAAUUAAGGUUUUGUUUAUCAGAAACAAGUUGUCCUCAGGAAGACCACUUUCCGCCCAAUUUAUGUGUGAAAGUCAACGGGAAGCCAUGCAAUCUCCCGGGAUAUCUUCCUCCAACCAAAAACGGAGUAGAGCCAAAGCGACCCAGUCGGCCGAUCAACAUUACCUCACUGGUCCGACUCUCCACAACAGUCCCCAACACCAUUGUGGUCUCGUGGACCUCUGAAAUCGGAAGGAGUUACUCUAUGGCGGUGUAUCUGGUGAAGCAGCAGUCGUCCACAGUGCUCUUGCAGAGGUUACGGUCGAAAGGCAUUCGGAACCCUGACCACUCCAGAGCCCUGAUCAAAGAGAAGUUAACGGCAGAUCCAGACAGUGAAAUCGCCACAACAAGCCUGCGAGUAUCAUUGCUCUGUCCGCUGGGGAAGAUGCGUCUGAUGAUCCCGUGUAGGGCUCUCACCUGUUCGCACCUGCAGUGCUUCGACGCCACCCUCUACCUCCAGAUGAACGAGAAGAAGCCCACGUGGGUCUGCCCCGUCUGUGACAAGAAGGCACCCUACGAGCACCUCAUCAUCGACGGGUUGUUCAUGGAGAUCCUGAACAGCUGCGAUGACUGCGAUGAGAUCCAGUUCAAGGAGGACGGCAGCUGGGCCCCCAUGAGGUCAAAGAAGGAGGUGCAGGAGGUGUCUGCCUCGUACAACGGACUGGAAGGUUCCCAGUGUCGGCCAGCGGCGUCGGAGCAGAGAACGUCCUCGUCCCACUCCAACAGCAACAACAAGAAGGUGGAGGUCAUCGACCUGACCCUGGACAGCUCCUCGGACGACGAUGACGACGACGAAACAGCCGCCAAGAGGACGUGUCCCUCACUAUCCCCCACGUCGCCGCAACUGAGUAAAGGGGUAUUGAACCUGCACACGCAGGCAUCGCCGGUGAGCAGAACUCCCAGCAUGCCCCAGGUGGACACCAACUACAUCCCCCCUCCCCCUCCCCUCAUCCAGGACUACCGCCACUACUACCCCACGCACAACGACUUAUCAGAUCUGAAUUUCUUCUCUGUAUUACAAGGUGAAAACCAGCACUACAACAUGGUGAUGGCAGCCGCGGCGGCGGCAGCAUCUGCCACGGACGAGCAUGAGCUGCUCCUGAACCGCUUCCUGCCGUAUGGCUCCUCGCAGCUCUUCCUGGAGCCACCAGGGGGCACUGGAGGCAGUGGUGGGCUGGCGCCAGUGAACGGAGGCGGCGGAGGAGGAGGCAGCGUGGGCAGUAGCAGCGGAGGCAGCAGCAGCAGCGGGAGCAGCAGCAGCCUGGUGUCCUCCAGCAGCUUACGGGACGCCACCUCUGCACACCUGCACGCCGCCGCCGCCGCCGCAGCCUCGUCGCGAUCCAGUGCAGACGCACACGCUCACGCACACGCCCACGCAGCCGCCGCCGCCGCACUCUACGGAUCCAUCUCCGACGUCAUCUCGCUAGACUGACCUCACACACACACACAGACACGCACGCAAAACACACCACGCCAUGCUAUAUGCUGAGCACACAGACAGAAACUUUCAAACACACACAGACAGACCAACGUGCACGCACACCAAAACGAACUGUACAGAUUCGGAUGUAAACGGAAGACGCCACAGUUAGUGGGGCAUACACAAGGCAUUUAAGAGAACGGAAAGAAGAAUGGAACUUGGAUUUUUUUUUUUUAUGGACGAAAAAGAACAAUGCUAUGUACAGAGAACAAAAGUAUAUAUAAAUAUAUAAAUAUAUUUUCAGUUUUACUUUUGUACAUAAAUAUGUAUGACUGUCUCUCUGUCCAGUGAAUUACUUCAGUUGACUUGUUAAUUUUUUUUUUGCCCCCAUGGAGACUGAAGAUUGUUGGGCCCUUCCUUCUGACUCCUUUGUGCAUCUUUUUCGGUUCCCCUUUGCUUCUAUUAGAACUUUUGUACCUCUUGCUUUGUUUUUUAAAAGUUCUAUUCCUACCUGACAUUGACUCUUCUUCUGCAGUAGUUGGGAACGUCUGUCCUGGAGAGACUCUUGUCGAAAUCGAGACAUCAGACAUUUUUUUCUUCCAAAUUUCAAUUGUGGUGUUUUUACUCAAAAAAAAGGAAAGAAAAAUAGAAAAGAAAUCAUGUGGGGAAGGGGAACAAAACAGAGAAUGAUCUGGAAACGUUCAGUGUUGUGCGAGAUGGGGUCUGUUGACUUCUGGUUCUCUUAGGUAUUCUGUGAGUUCCACUCACGAUUCUAAAGCAUUUCCUAGACUUUGGUCACUAAGCUUACUGUUUGUGAACUGUGUGUGUGUGUGUGUGGAUCAUUCAGUCCCAAAUUUGUGUCCAGAUGGCUGCCAUCAAACCAUUCUUUUCCAUCAUGUUCUCUAUUUGCAUUGGAAAGAAUCCUCCUUUCAUCCGAAGAAACGUGUUUGUUUUGUUUAUUUUGCUGCUUCGCAAACCACUUUUACUUCCAUUUUCGUUUUCGCACAUGCCAAAAAGUAAAAAAAAAAAAAAAUUGUGCUGUUGUUCUACAAUCAACACACAGAUUCGUGAAGCGUGUUCUGGCUGUUUCUCUGUUUUUCUGGUAUGGUUCCUUGAACAUGUUUGGUACUUAAGUCCUCUGUUGAUGUCUGUGCCUGUACCGGACUCUUGAAUCCCGUCCAUAAUUGGCCCCCCAGUAGAUAUUUUGGUUUGUGCGAACAUCUGAAAAAUGAUGCCUGUUUUUGUUGCACUUGGGGACUUCCAAAUUCACCCUAAACCCCUAAAUCUUUCGUUGGCCGAAUGAUAAACCCAAAACUAGUUCAUCAGCAGCAUCUGCUUUUGGUGGAAGGUGUCUGACAAGCAACGAAGAAGCAAAAUAAAAGCACCAUCUUGUGGAUGUGAAGCCCCUGUGAUUCAUGUUGGGUCACACAGGGACGCAUGCAGUGGCGGAACAAUUGCACACAGGGCCCGAGUGCAAACCACCUAUAGGGCCCCUCCAUACAGCCUGCCAUGGUCACAAUAAGGCCCCCCCAACACCAAUACAGCAGGGCCUUGGGCCCUGGGGGAAAUGCCCUGCUUCUCCCCCCUAUAGCUCCACCCCUGGAUGCAUGCCUUUUUCAGUAAUGCACCCACUUUGGAGUGCAGGGGUGAAUUUUUCAUUGAGGUGGCUCUUUGUGUGACUGUAUGACAACCGUGUUGUCUAGCAUCCUCUCUCCUCUGAACAUGCAGGCUUUUAGGAUGGCCAGAUUGUAGUAAGAGCAACAAAUCUGUACCCCAGCAAGAUGUUGUUAUCCUUCCCCUUACAUUGCUCUGUGUGACCAUGGGCUGUGGUUUAGACUUGUGUGGGUGUGUGUGUGCGUGUGUGUGUGUGUUGAAGUCGAAAGUGCAGUUGUGAAUUGGUGGUGUGGGUCAAAUGCUGGCCAUGUUAGUUCACUGAGGCUCCUUUGUUACAGCCAUGUCUCGAUGCAGCAAAGCAAACAUAUUCUCCACACACACACACAUCUUCAAUGACUGAAAUGCUGUUUUUUUCUCCUGUGUAUAAAAUAUGCUCUGUACUUAAUUUAUUUUAUUAUAUUUUUUAAAAACACCUUGAUUUCCACUGGUUCAUUGUCACACUUCAGUCUUGUAAGAGCAUAACUAUUUCAUGAAUUUGUGUUUUUUUAAGACCUCCUUGUGUUUCACUCACAUUGGUAUGAUAUGUUUUUUACCCCCCUGUUCAUCCAGUGAUGAAGCACAUUCACACUGCUGAAGGCUCCUUUCAGUUAUGUUCUUCUGCUUCAGGCUGCUGGCUUCGGGCCUCAAUGUAUUUGCAUGGGUCUGCCUCAGGUUAUGGCAGACGAUACCAAAAAGGAAAGAGAGAGAGAAGACAUGGCUUGUCCUCCCUCAUUCAUCUCAGUAUUCCCGCCUAGAGCGCAUUAUGACUGAUCCAGGCAGAAAAGCUUUUUAAAAGUGGUCAAAGAGACUUUGAAUGUCGCUCAUCUCCCAUCGAUGUGCUCCACAUAAUGCGUGCAUGCUUCUCUGUAACAGCUAAGGCCAUGUUCGUCAACCUGUUAAGUCUUUUUUUUUCUCUUUUCUUUUUUAAGAACUACUACUCCAGUUUCAGUGUUAUAUGUAUGCGUUAUGUUGCUACAUUAUUUAUUUACAAGUUUGUGACGGCCAUCGCACCCUAGUGAUGGACAGAUGUGAUGACUACAGGAUCUUGCAGUACUUGUUUGCCACAACAGGGGGGUAUACCAUUAACCUGGCUCAGUAAUCAUCUAGGUUAAGUUAACCUUUAAGUAGUGGUAAAUCAUAGAAAAUGAGAGCCUGGAGUCCUCUUUUUCUUAAUUAAAUGACACAUUUGGUCUGUCUAUUAGCAGGUUUACCAUUUCCUGUAGGUUAACCUAGCCAGGUUUUUCACUUAACCAUGUUCUUAGAGUGUCCCCCAGGUCCCAUGUAUAGGCCACAGCACGCCACAACCACGCAAUGUAGAAAAUGCCUGCCCCAAACCCUGUAGCAUCGUAUGACUUGGUUGCAAGCUUUUAUUUUGUUUCCUCCCUCCCCGUGUGAGUGGUUGGCUUGGUGUGGCAUUUCAUGGCUGGUUUUGUUCCUUAUUUCCUCCGUGUCUGUAAAUAUGACGGUCUGAUUGACUGAUAGGCCGGCAUGAGUCACACAGGGUGUUACGGGAAAAAAGAAAGAAUCCCGCAAAAAUGACUGAAGCAACAGGAGCUCUUGUGCACUUGAUGUCAGUGUUUUGAAGAUGAUGCAUUGAUAAAGGGAAACUGUUUUGAGUGUGAGUGCAGGAAUGUGUGUUUAUGUGUGUUGUGUGUAUGUGUAUGCUGUUGUUGAUUUAAAAAAAGGAAAACAAAUGUACCGGUAUGUUGAGUUGUUCAGAGUUAAUGUUCAGGCUAUGUUCUUGUGUCUUCUGUCACUGUUUCCAAAAAACAUUGUACGUAGGAUGACUUUUUAUUUUCGAGAAGGUAAUUGUGUACCAAGUGGAUUUGAGUGGAUUCCAGUUAUUCUUUUCUUUCGUGUUUUUUGUUUUGUUUUUUGUUUUUUUUAGUAUUUCAGAUCAGCUGGCGUCUACGCUCACUGCCUUAAACCUUUUGAUUCCGUUUCCAUGCGGCAUGUCCUAUGAGAGAAACUGCUUUUUAAGGAACAUACGAAAGUAAUGAUGUACAGUUGACCAAUGUCAGUUUGUAUAAAGUACUAAGUGAAAAAAAAUAUUUAUUACAUGCAUUGGAAGAAAUUGUUUACUUAUUGAAUGUUACUGUUUAUGUAGGGAAGUUUAGAUGUAAUAAACCGCAUUGAGUUA